CGUCAUACCAACCCAUGUCCACUAUGAUGUCCGCCAUGAAGUCAAGCCGUCUUUGGCGUCACUGCCCCAAGUCGACUAACUUAAUGGUAAUUUAUCUUCGCAUGUCUCCAAAACGGCAGUACCUCGCAUCCAGCAGCUCGUCAAGUCUCUCACGCUCAUUCUCACCACAGCCGAAGCGAUUCAGGUCAUCGACGGCUGGCUUCGGGUCUGAAUCUUCAACGGCGACUGUUAACCCGUUACGCGUCCACAUCAUCGAGGCCAAGCUCAAGGUCAAGGAGAUAGCAGAGCUUCGCUCAAUACUGGACAGUGGGGAAGUUCUCGGUGAAGCAGACUCGGGCCAGUUCCAGUUGGUUUACGAACCAGACAUGAAGGAUGCAGACGUGAUAGUCACCGCAGUGAAAAUGAGGAAGCGGUUGGAGCGACAUAUUGACUGGGAUCUCGCGGUGCAAAAAUUCGUUAUCACACCAAAAUGGCUACGGGAUUGCGCCAAAGUACAUGAAGUCUUACCAUAUGAUGACUAUAUCGCCGUUCGCUCGUUGCGCUCGUCAGCCCCGGUUCCAGAAGACCCGUCUGCCAGUGGCCUCGGGGAAGUUCAUGACAGCACAGAAAUUGACUACCGGAGUCCAACCUCGUGUCGGCGACUUUCACCUUUAGAGUGUCCGAAUCAAGAAGAGCUUGAAGGGAAAGUUAUGAAUACCUUGGCUUAUGAGAGGGCUAUCGCUGUGGCGUAUCCAUUUGUUAUAACCGAAGACCUCCUCAAGACGGAAGUCUCAAAUUUGGCACAUUUGGGCCAAAAAACUGUUGCCAAAAUCAAGGAAUACCUUCGUUCGGGGACGAUAAGCGAGGCUGCCCUAACACUCUUCACAUCCGUAUAUGGAAUAGGUCCUGCGUACGCCCGGCAAAUGUACGACGUUGAAGGUCUUCGGACUCUCAAAGAUCUGCAGUUCUAUUAUGAGAACCUGGAAGAUUCUGCUUCAGCGGGGUCAGAUGCUCCUAAGCAAAAAUCCCAAUAUAUGGUUCUCACCACUACCUCGGAGAAGACGCAGGUGCCAACAUUAACUUCCCUAGAGGCUAUACGGCUUCAAGAGGAACUAAACAGCCCUAUCCUCCGAGACGAGACGGAGAGAAUGCAUACUAUUGUCAUGGACGAGCUAGGACAUCUGCAACCCGGCUGCUCCAGCACCAUUACUGGGAGUUACCGCCGUGGCAAAAAGGGUAGCAGUGAUAUUGAUAUUGUCAUUACUCAUGAGAACCUGAAGACUGCUGGGAAUCAAGUGAAGAGUCUCUGUGAGCAGUUGGUUCACAGACUCUACAAUCGUGGUAUAAUUACUCACCUUAUGGGCUUGUCAAAUUUCGGCGAUACUUCCUCACGAACAGCAGAGCGAGGUUCCCUUUACAAAGUGAUGUCAGUGUUCAUGCUGCCGUCCGAUGGAACUAGCGCCAGGUUGCAUCGAAGGCUUGAUUUGAUCUUCACAACGCCUGAAUUGUAUUGGACAGCUGUUGUUGGCUGGACUGGUUCGAAAAUGUUCGAAAGGGACCUGCGGUUGUGGGCAAAGGAACGGUGUGUGUCACUUCUUAUCAGCCCAUCGGUAUCCUUACACAUUGUGAAUACUAGAGGGUUCAAAUUUGAUAGUUCCGGAAUAAUGCGUCGACGGGAUUCUCGCCCUUACUUUCCAAAGAGCGAAGCAGAGGUCUUCGAGCUAUUGAGUCUUCCUUGGAUUGAACCUACAAUGCGCAAUGCCGAUGUUUGAUCACAAUGGCAUAGGGCAUGGCGUCGUGACCAGCUUUUCGUUUGUUUUAGGUUGCCUUUCAGGCGGUCCUUGGAAUGUAUAAAUAUAUCAUCUCUGGUCUCAAGCUGGAAACGUCAGGGUAGCAGAGCAAGCGGAUGAAUAUCCGCCAGAGACCGAUCCAGUGAUAUACAUACAAGCGACUCAAGCUUUUGGUUGCCAAUAGAAUCUGUGUAGUCUGCUUCAACGUAAUUCUUUACUAAAAUGCAAGUUGAUGCACUUGUACCAGCA